CAUAAACUAGUAAAGUGUUUGGAUUACAUCAUGGAUAACAGCAAUGAUGAUUGAUAUUAUUUGAGUGGCACAGGAAGAGUCUGCUGUAUGAAAUGCCAGAAGUUUGUGUUUCUUCUAGCUUUGCAAUGGUUUCCCCAUGAGUGGAUCAUGAUGAAUAUACUUUAGGGACUUGCCAUAGUAUGGCUGCUUCUCGAUCUACUCGUGUUACAAGAUCUACAGUGGGUUUAAAUGGUUUGGAUGAAAACUUCUGUGGUAGAACAUUAAGGAACCGUAGUAUUGCUCACCCAGAGGAAGUUUCACCCCAUCCUCAAAUACGAUCAAGGUCACCAAAGAAGAGGCCAGAGUCUGUGCAAGCUCAGAAGGGCAGUAACGGUGGAAGAACUACUGAUUUGAAACAACAGAGUGCUCGGGAGUCAUGGGUGAGCCCUAGGAAGAGAGGACUCUCUACUUCAGAAAAAGAUAAUGGUGAUAAACAAACUGUGGAAAAUAGUGAAAAAAACCAAGCAGAACCUGUUUCACCAGUUUUGAAAAGAAUUAAGCGCUGUCUCCGUUCUGAGGCACCCAACAGUGCAGAGGAAGACUUGCCUGCUAAAGCAGAGAAGGAGUCAUUGGAGCAUAAGAGCUUAGUGUCGGACAAUGAUGCAGUCUCCACGGGGACUAAGCGAGCUUGUCGAUGUCUUAUAUUGGAUGAUUGUGAGAAAAGGGAAGUUAAAAAGGUGAAUGUCUGUGCAGAAGGAUUUAAUAAUUCUGCAGUAGUUGAAGAGGUUGCAGGCUAUCAGACUGUCAAUGGAGUUGGUGAGAAAGACUCAAAUUCUCUCAACUGUGAUGACUGUCAGCUUGAUGGGAACACUAAGCAAAACAGUGCUGGUUCCUGUAUGGCCAAGGACAAAACAGUAGCAGAAAACGGAAACUCAUUUGCCCAUUCUUCGUUGUUGCUUAAUAGCAGCAAAGAGGACAGUGUUGUAGACCAUUAUGUGCCUUGCACAAACUCUCAAGAACAGGUAAAGUUAGAGGACCACAAAAUAAUAAAUGACUGCUUGCCUGAGGAGCAUGCUAACCAGGCGUAUGAGCCAGCUGCAGGGUCCUUUUCUGAAAUCCAGUCAUCUUUGUUAAGGGAUUCGGAGGAGGAGGUGGAUGUUGUAGGAGAUAGCAGUGCCUCUAAGGAACAGUGUGCUGAAAACACCAAUAGCAACCCGAAUACUCAGCAUGACAGUGCAGCAAUCUCAGGUGAACCUGAACCACAUUCUUCAGUGCUGAACUGUGUUUCAGCUCCAGUGACAUCUGUGCUGGAACUUCAAGAACACAGAUACACGUUGAGAACUUCCCCACGAAGGGCUGCCCCUGCCAGAAGUAGCCCUCCUAAAAAUAACUCUCCUUGUAGAGAAAACGGACAGGUUGAGGAAAAUAAUCUUAGUCCUACAGAAAAGAAUAUACCUGUAGGUAUUAAUAAUAUCAAUGGAUCUCCCCAAAAGUCUGAAGAAAUUAAACAGAAUGAAAAAGAGACAAAUUGUAAUACGGGGGAUCAUGGGAGUGAUGGACUAACAAAGCCACUUUCUGAGGCUAGGCUUGCUGCUGGAUGUGUACCAUCUGCCAAAGAGAGUGCCAACAUCCACACUGCAGAGGAGGAUGAGGAAGAGCCUGAUGUGUAUUACUUUGAAUCAGAUCAUGUGGCAUUGAAACACAACAAAGAUUAUCAGAGACUGUUACAGACGAUUGCUGUGCUCGAGGCUCAACGUACUCAAGCAGUUCAAGACCUUGAAAGUUUAGGCAGACACCAGAGAGAAGCACUGAAAGAUCCUAUUGGAUUUGUGGAAAGACUCCAGAAGAAGGUCGAUAUGGGUUUUCCAUAUCCUCAGAGAGUUGUUCAGCUCCCUGAGAUUGCCUGGGACCAAUACACCACUAGCCUUGGAAACUUUGAGAGAGAAUUCAAAAACCGAAAACGUAACAGUAGGAGAGUGAAGCUGAUUUUUGACAAAGUAGGUAUACCUGCAAGACCAAAAAGUCCUUUGGAUCCCAAGAAGGACGGAGAGUCUGUUUCGUACUCUGACUUGCCUUUAAGUGAUGGUCCAGAAGGUUCCACUAGCAGUCGUCCACAGGUAAUGAUAAGAGGGCGACUUUGUGAUGAGACCAAACCUGAAACUUUUAACCAGCUGUGGACUGUAGAGGAACAGAAAAAACUUGAGCAGUUGCUUUUGAAGUAUCCCCCAGAGGAAGUAGAGUCCCGACGGUGGCAGAAGAUAGCUGAUGAACUGGGAAACAGAACAGCCAAGCAGGUUGCCAGUAGAGUGCAAAAAUAUUUUAUUAAACUGACUAAAGCUGGUAUUCCAGUUCCAGGAAGAACUCCAAACUUAUAUUUAUAUUCCAGAAAGUCAUCAAGUAGACGGCAGCAUCCUUUAAAUAAACAUCUUUUCAAACCUUCAACUUUCAUGACAUCUCAUGAACCUCCAGUUUAUAUGGAUGAAGAUGAUGACAGAUCCAGUUUUCACAGCCAUAUGGAUACUGCAGCAGAAGAGGAAGUAUCGGAUGAAGAGAGUAUUCCAGUAACAUAUCGAGAGUUACCUGAAUACAAAGAACUGUUAGAGUUUAAAAAGUUGAAGAAACAGAAACUCCAGCAGAUGCAUGCAGAAAGUGGGUUUGUGCAGCACGUGGGAUUCAAGUGUGAUAAAUGUGGAAUUGAACCUAUCCAGGGUGUUCGGUGGCACUGCCAGGACUGCCCUCAGGAAAUGUCCUUGGAUUUCUGUGAUUCCUGUUCUGACUGUCUGCAUGAAACAGAGAUUCAUAAGGAAGAUCAUCAGUUAGAACCUAUUUACAGAGCAGAGACAUUUUUAGACAGAGACUACUGCAUGUCGCAGGGCACCAGUUACAAUUAUCUUGACCCAAACUACUUUCCAGCAAAUAGAUGACAUGGGAAGCAGAUGUACCAUCUUGGGUUUACUGUCCUCUUUGAAAAGUAACAAUGGCACCAUUGUUAAUUCUGUGCACAUUUUGGAAAGACUCUGCUUUCCCUGAAAUGUUGCUCACAGCAUGACAGCUUCCUGGGUGUACUUGUCAAACUACAGCUUUGAGCUGUCAUGGUUCUAGAUCACUGAACAGCAGCUGAACAUUCCUAGUGUGCAGAAGGUUUCACUGGGAGACUUUUCUUUCACCACAUUAGUCACUUUUAGGUGGUGAAUCUAAACAAAAGGAAAACAUACAAAAGGGUGAGCCAGAAAUGAGAGCACACAUUAAAGAUAGAGUAAAUUCCAAAGGCUUUGAAGAACUCGGUUAUAAUGAGAUCCAGAGGAGAUGAAGUAUUUAUAUAAAAACAGUUUAGUAGCUUGCAGUUUUGUUGUGAAAUAGUUUUCAGCACAGUAACUGACUUCUUUAGGCAAGGUUUAACCAAUGACAGUGUUUGCUUCUAGGAUGUACUCUACAAAUGCUCACUGUCUGGGCGGUGGUUGGUUCCAGCCUUUAUUCAAUCUGAGCUGCUUAAUCACGUUGACUUUCAAUUUUUUUAAUUUUAUUUUUUUUUAAACCACGAUGAACUCUAUUUACCAACAGUGAAGCACUACAGGGGGCAACUGUGGCAUUGCUUCCUUAACCAGCUCAUGGUGUGUGAAUGUUAUAAAAUUGUCACUCAGAUAUAUUUUUUAAAUGUAAUGUUAUAUAAGAUGAUCAUGUGAUGUGUACAAAAUAUGGUGAAAAGUGCCAGUGCUAGUAACUGUGUAAAGUCUCUUAAUACUCAACAUUAACUCCUUUAAAAUAAAAUACACAGCCUUCUGCCUCCGUAUUUGGAGUUGUUAGUGCAACUCAUCAAAGAAAACUGCCUAAUAUAAAUCAUAUAUAUGGUAAUAAUUUUUCCUCUUUUGUAGUCUGCACAAGAUCCAUGAAAGAUUGUAUUUUUAUUACUAUUUAAACAGUGAUUAAAUUUAGCCUGAGCAGUGAGCAAGGGUUCACAUGCAUUCUUUUAUACUGCUGGAUUUUGUUGUGCAUCAUUUAAAACAUUUUGUAUGUUUCUUCUUAUCUGUGUAUACAGUAUGUUCUUAAAUAAUGUUCAAUUGUCAGGAGAACUGUGAGAAAUAAACUAUGUGGAUACAGUCUGUUUAUAUAUAGAAUGCUUGCUGUGACUUCCUUUCUGUGUAGUUCUGACUUUUUACUCCAGAUGGAAAACACGAAAAGGACAUUUUUCUGCGCCAUACCAACACUCAGAGUGCAGCUCUGCAGGAUGCACAACGCCUCCCUCUGCUGGGCCUGUCGCUGGGGACUGGUGCUGCUCUGCACCUGCUACACACGUGUUGGCUUGGGCAGGAUUGGCAUUUCAGGUCUCAUCUCCCACUGACUUCUUUGUCAGGUCACAG